AUGAAUGCUGGCCUAGACCAGGCCGCGACAAUCAGCACAGGAGAUUAUAGCACACCCGGUUACAAGGACAGCCGACAUGAUAUUGUGCUAGCCAUGAUGGCGUGGGUCGAAAACGGAACUGCACCAGAUUAUAUUGUCGCCACAAAGUGGAAGGACGAUUCUACUGCGACAGAGAUCUUGCGCCAGCGACGCAUUUGUCACUACCCACUUCAGGCGAAGUAUGACGGCAAGGGAGAUCCGGACGAGGCCGACAGCUGGACGUGUCAGUCGUUGUAUUGA